AAAAAACACAAGGAAUGGACGUCCGAGCGAUGGCCAGCUGUAAGACGACAGCGACGGCGACAUCGACAUCGACGGCGACCAGGUUGGCGCGCCGCGCGCCCCCGGACCGCCGCCCCCCUAGUGGGUCGACAGCAGCAGGCGUGGUACCCCGCAGGCCAGCAGCCCGGUCCGGGGGACCUGCAACCCUUCCGCUCUCAGCUUCUGCGCGAUGGGGUGGAUAAAACGACGCGAAGAUCGGGACAAAAUCGGAUCGGGAUAACUCGAAAUCUCUGAGAAUCGGCGGGUUUGGAGGAUGUAUUGGGCGCCGCGGCCGCUCCAGAGCGUUCUGGAACGCUCUGAGAGCGCUCCGGAACGCUCUGGAGCGAUUUAUCCCGAUCCUAGCCUUGUUUUAGGAGGAGAAGGUGAUGCAGCAUCUCGCGCUCGUGCAGGCCGCCAGCGUCUCCGCCCCCACGCUGGCCGACUUCCCGAUCGAGCACCCGCACAGCCUCGGCUCGGUGCUGCCGAUGCUGAAUCCAGAAUCUACUGAAGAAGUUGGGGUAUCUCCCCGACUCCACGGGCCCCUGGGCGAUGCUCGGUUUUGCGAUGUCGGGCGGCACCGAUCCUUCCGAAGAGGGUCUGGCCCCCCGGGGGGCGCGCGGCCCGCGUUCCCCUCUGUCGCCGGCCUCCCACGCCCGCGGGGCCACUUGCAGAGCGUCUCGCCGCCGAGGCGCUCUCGGACAAAUUUCAGGAGGGAAAGAAGCAUAAAGACACAAUGA